GUCGCCGUAGGGAGCCGCUACAGCGCGAUAAUGCCACCGCAAUAAACAAGUCACAGCGAAGAGUCCUGCAGGAACCGCGGUCAAGGAUGCCUGAUUCGUGCCAUGUUGCGGCUUGCUCAUCGCUGCUGCCCUACAAAGGGGCUAUCCGGUUUCGGUCUGGCGUGGCCAUUGGGCCGCAGGUCCAGGAUGAACUUUAUAAGAGGGAGGCAACAACAGUGUUAUCCAGGACCUGAGCUGCAACAUCUCACACAAACCACAGCUUCCACUUACACAACUUACACCCGAAUCAUUCCACUAUCCACUCAACACCCACCUCCUACUACUACUACUGCUAGAAGUCCCAGCAACUACCCACCAUGGCCGCCGCAGUCGCCGUUCCCCUGUCCACCAUCAACGGCGAGCUCGGCGGAGUUCUCCCGCCCAGCGCCGUGGUACAGCACACGCCGCGCCACGGCCGGAGCCGGGCCAUGAGCUUCAAGGGCGGACGGCCCGGCCGGCAACGGGGUUACAGCGUGGUGGAGGAGCGGGACGUCACCAUCGCCAAGGCGCUCAUGUUCGUGGUCAAGCGGGCCAUCCAGAAAGAGGAGGUGGAGGAGGGCGACGACGGAGAGUAUAUUGUUGCCGACCCGGACGGAUGGGUCAGUGUUGCCGAUGUGCUCGCACACUCCCGCAUCACCGCGCUGGGCGCCACCUUCGAGGACAUCAGACGGAUCAUAUCGACAGCCACCAAGGCCCGGUUGGACCUCCGCCGAACAACCAAAGCCGAGGCCGACGAGCCAGACGAUCCGGCCUCCUGGCAGAUCUCUCGAAUCGCGACCCGGGAAACCGUCACAUCCCCCAUCCCAGCAGGGGACAAGCUCAGCGCCGACUCACCGGACCUCCCCGAAUUUGUCAUCUACGAGACCUCCUACCAGCGCUACCCCCUCCUGCUAGCCCUGGGCGCCAUCGCGCGCGCACCGGGAGGCAGCCAAUACCGAACCUUCGUACCGGUCACCGUGGACGAAGAGGGCAAUGAAUCAUAUUCACGCCAGACUCCCGGCACCGCCGCGGGGGACGCCGCCGAAGUCAGCGUGUGGAUCCACCUCCGUUCGGCUUUGCAGGCGGAGCCGAGCAUCACCUGGCACCGCAGCGACGGUGGCAUGAUCAUCACCGCCGACGAGGUGCCCAAGAGUCUCUGGAAGAAGGCGGUCGCCCGGCGGCCCGACAUCGGCUUGCUGCUGGAGGACGGCCAGGUCCGCAAGGAGGUGCCCGCCAAUCUGCGCGGCAAGAGAGAGAAGGGGAAGACCGCCCGCAGGGAUAAGGGUGCGGCGGUCCUCAAGCAAGAUGCCAGUGGUGAUGACUCGGGAACCACCAGUGAGGAGUAAAGGGCUGGGUCGCUUACCAGAGUGAUUUGGAGUUCUACCCCACUGCAUUAAGGGUUCAUCUUGCCUGCUGUGGUGAAUCGCGGAGCCUCACUCCGUUUUAAGCUGUCAUAGUCGAAUGAUGAUGAAGUCGACCCCUCGAUAGCGUUUGUUUCUUUCCAAUAGAUCAGCAGUCGCUGAAUGAA